AUGCUUAAUUUUCCUAUUUCCAAAGAAGAAGCCGAACAAACGAUAAUCAGUUUUCUCAAAAAAAGAUUACGAACUACUCCGUUAAGUCUAAUUUAUAAACUAUUUCGUGCCAAAAAAAUUAAAAUUAAUGGGGGAGACAUUCGCUAUUAUCAUUAUCGCUUAAAAGAAGGAGACAAAGUGAUUAUCAACGAUAAUUCUCUCAAAGUUGCUGAGUCUAAUAAUUUAGCAAUACCGAAAAAAAGCCAAGCGAAUAUAGAAAUUAUUUAUGAGGAUAAAAAUAUUCUUAUUAUUCUAAAAAAACAUGGAAUAUCCAUGCUGCAAUUAGAUAAAAUAACCAGAUAUUAUUUUUACCAGCAGAACCCGCAAAAAUACCAGGAACUAAACCAAAAAUACUUCUCUUUUACGGCUAUUCAUCGUCUCGAUAAAUUAACCCAAGGGCUGGUUAUUUAUCCAAAAAAUCUCACUGCUAAAAGGAUACUAUAUAACGCGAUUAGUGAUAAAGAAAAAAUAACUAAAAAGUAUUUAGCCGUGGUGGAAAACUCAGCACAAACCUCCUUGCCUGAUUAUAUAAGUGGUUACUUAUGGAAAAAUGAACCAGAACAAAAAAUGGAGUUUUCUCCUAACCGAAAAAAAGAAACCAGUAAACAGUGUGCAAUGGAAAUAAAAAAAAUCCGCAAAAGAAAUAAUCGUUUAUUACUAGAAAUUAUUUUACAUACGGGUCGAAAACAUCAAAUUCGAGCCAUUUUAUCUUAUUUGGGUGUGCCAAUUGUCGGAGAUAAAAAAUAUGGUAGUAAAAUAGAAGUAAAAGAAAAAAUUUAUCUAUUUGCCUACAAAAUAUUAUUUAAUAACUUGUCUGUGCCGCUUUCUUAUUUAAAUAGUAGAGAAUUUCAAAUAAAGGGAGAAUUAGAGGGUUUAAGUCCACGAGCCGAAGAUACUUUUAAAGAAGAUUUACACCCUAACAAAAAUGCCGAUUAUAUUAUCACUAAUCCUCCUUUUAAUAUCGCUAAUUCUCAAAUAAAGGAAAAUGACCCGCAAAAAGGAGUAGCCACUAUAAUCAUGGCUAAUGGAACUUUGUCCGGAUUGAAUAAAAAAGCUGCCAGCAUUCGGCAAAAUUUAAUUGAAAGCAAUUUAGUAGAAGCGAUAAUAACUCUACCAAAUAAUCUAGAAAACGAAAAGGUAUUAAUGGUUGAUAUUUCCCAAGAUGAUUUUGGCGAAAAAAUUAGUAGCAGUCAAAGGAUAUUAACCGAAAAAAAUAUUCAAGAAGUUGCUGAAUUAUAUCAUCAAUUUCUCAACCAACAGGAACUUCCUGAAAAUGGAUUGCUGGCGAAAAUUGUGUCCCAAGCCGAAAUUAAAGAAAAUAAUUAUAUUUUGGUUCCAGCCCGUUAUUUAUCCCAAAAUGAAAUUGAAUUAACUCCCGAAGAAAUUGAUAAAAGAUUACUUGAAACUACUAGAGAAUUAGAAGAUUUAAUUAACCAGCAAGACAAAUAUCACCAAGAAUUAAAAAAAUUGCUUGCCGAAAAAACAGGUCGCGAAGGAGACCCGCAAGGAGUAUUAAUCCGAGCCGCUGAACCACUUGACCACCAUACCAUUUCAGUUAGUUCUCUUCAUGAUGAAAGGAAAAAAUAUCACUAUUAUACUAAUGGUCCGGGGAAAUUAUGUCGAGCCUUGAAUAUUGACAUAAGCCUUAAUAAUGUUGAUUUAACCACUAGUGAUUUAAUUUAUUUGGAAGACCAACCAGAACUUAACCAAGAGGAAAUUAUUGCUACCAAAAGAGUUAAUAUUGACUAUGCGGGAGAGGAUAAAGACCGUAAAGGUCUGAGCAGAGGGGUAAUUGCUUUAAUAGUUAUUGGUUCUAUUGCUGUAUCGGGAGGACUGAUUCAGAAAGUUAAAUGUUGGUUAGUAAUUUCGGAUGUUUUAGUUGAUAAUGCCAAGCCGGGGGCUAAUCUAGCUUUUUUAAAAAAUAUGGCUCUCUUUUGUAAGGAAUUUAACGAAAAAACCAAAACUAGAAAUGGUGAAAUAGUUAAUGUUGAUAUAAUUGUUUACGCUGAUAAAAAUCACGAAUAUAAUAUUAGUACUUCUCCUAGUAUUUAUUUAUUAAAAAAUAGACGCAGUGAUUACAAAGGAUUAAAGAAUAAGGAAGAUAGAAGAAAAGCCCGAGAAAAUGAGAGAAAAGAGAUUUCUUUCGCCGAUUUAGAAAAAAUAGCCCGAGAAAUAAUGCCAAGUUUGAAUACUGAUGAUAUAGAGAAAGCUAAAAAAAUUAUUGCCGGAACGGCGAAAAGUGCGGGAAUUAAAAUAGAAAAUACUGAUUUAGAACUAGAAAGAAAAUAA